CUUUAGUCUCGAAAAGCCUGCUGUGCGUGCAGGGGUUUUCAACGCGCAAAGCACACGCGGCGUAUACGCAAAACGGCUGAAUAAGUUGUUGCCAAAAAGACGAAAAAUUUCGGUUAGUUAAAUGGAAACCAAAAAAACCGAAUGAAAUAUAUAUUGUAACCAUAAAGCCAUAUAGCAACAACGAGAAGAGUCACAACAGCAACGUGGAGCCCCCGAACGAUAAAUCUUUAACGUGGAUUUCAUGCAUGUAAGCCAGCCAAGGACUCUCAGUCAUGGUAUGAUGCAUGAGCCGAAAGCGGGCUUAAUAUGUAAACUCCUUAAGAGCGCUGAGUUUUCAGUAACAAAACUGCAGCAGCGUUAAUUUGCCCAAUAAAAUGCAACCAGCUACGAAGAGCAACUAGCAACUAGCGCCGCCAUAAAUAUCAUCAGCCACUGAGAGUCGUGGAGCAAUGAAACGCGUUUUCCGCGGGAAAACAAAGGAAAAACCAAGGGGGAAAAAUCAACAGGGAGAGCGCAGCGGGUGGUGCGCCGCAUUUAGAGGCAGUCAAACUGGCAGCCAUCGGGCACAGUCCUUCCUGAGACUGGGCUCCUUGCUCUCUUGCUCCUGCCACCCAACUUCCUGCCGCCGCCUCCUUGAGCCGAGCACUUCCGCUUCUUAUCGCGGCAAUGUAAACGCGUUUCCGUUUAGGACUCAAUCCCAGGCUCAUUUCGCAGCAUCGGGAAGGGCAUUAAACUAGCAGCUCGGCGCUGGAUUACAAGUAAAUUGGAAAGGAUUUGAAGAUGAGCCUGCUGCGCCUGCUUGGUGCCCUGCUGCUAGCCACAUUCAAUGGAAUGGCUCCUGUGCCCGCGGAGGGACUGCACCUGUCCAACCUGUCCGUCCCGCGCAUUAUCGACGUUGCCCAAAAGGCGAAACUCUUCUGCAGCUACGCGAUGGGCAAUCGGACGCUGAACUCAGUCAAAUGGUACAAGGAUGGCCUCGAGUUUUUCAGAUACUCGCCUCUAACACCGCCAACAACAAAUUGGUUCCCCGUUAAAGGUGUCACCAUCGCCGACGGUUCGCCGCAUUGCAAUCAAUUCAUCUGCAACGUGGAGCUGGAGAAGCUCACUGCCCACUCCUCCGGACAGUACAGGUGCGAGGUGUCCGGCGAUGCGCCAGAGUUCAAGCUGAUCGAUCAGACGGCCAAUAUGACAGUCGGAGUGUUGCCCAAAUUCGAUCCGUUCAUUUCGGGCGUGCGACACGCAUACAAAUAUCACGACUAUCUCGAGGCAAAUUGCAGUACGGAGAUGUCAAGUCCGAUGGCCAAAUUAACAUGGUAUAUUAACAAUAAGACGGCACCUGGGCACAGUUUGCAGCCGCAAAUCAACGAAGUCUCACGCAACGUGGACGGCUUUCACCUGUUCGCCAGCCACCUGCACUUGCGACUCCACCUGGACGACCAGCGGUUCAUCAGCAAGAGCGAAAUGUUGGAGCUCCGCUGCACGGCGGACAUCAUGGGACUGGCAGCCGUUAGGCGGGAGAGCAGGGUACGGACCACCAUCCUGGCGCUCAGGGAUGCCGGCACCAAGCAGCGACUCACCGAGAACGGAUCCUGCAUGACCGGCCAACCAGCCUCCCUGGCCGCCUGGCUCCUGAGCCUUGUCCACAUCCUACGCUGGCACAGCACCCAGAGUUAGUGGCUGGCACUGACUGGCGCUCUAUUCCUGGCCUAAGUUUCCAGGAUUUGCCUCCAAGUGCAGACACUCAAAAAUUAGGAGAAAUAAGAUAGACACACGCGCCAAAUAAAAUAAAUGGGGCGAUUCGCAGGAUUUCGAGCCAAGUGAAAAGUUAACAAGCCAAGGCAGCAACAGUUGAAUUUGUAUAUAGUCGAAAUCGAAUUAGUCUAGGUCCGAACAGGAAGCCCAGCCAUUUCCUACAUAAGUGUAAUGCAACAUUUAUUUAUGUGUGAACAAGCAGGCCAGCGGAAAUGCAAAACCAAAAAAUCAACACUGAAUGAAAACUAUGAAGAAUAACUUAAUAUCUAGGUAUAUGAACGUAACAUUUGCUACCAACUACGAUUAUGUGUCAGAAUUAUUUCAAUAGACAAGUAAAAUUUGAAUAUCAACAAAUUUACACAUGAAUAUUUGAGCACAGAAAAAGAGGAACACACACAAUCAAUGGCAAGUAAACUUAAUUAUUGUAUGUGAAUUGUUAAUUGUAUUAAAUGAUGUAUGGGAAAUAAAUAAAACGAUUAAAAAACACACAACUUUUAGAAC